AUGGGAGAAAACGCCAGUAAUGGCGACACUGGUCACGAUGUCCAGGUCCAGGUUCAGGUUCAGUCCUCGUCAUCAUCCGCUGCUAGAGCUCCAGUGACCCAGGAAGACCGCGCGUUGGAGGACGGUCAUCGUGAGAAAAACACAGAUAAUGCUUCUGAUAACGGGAAUGCGAAUGCGCAUGAUGAAAACAAUCUGCUAUCGAGAUCACCUUUGCAUCGCGUCUACGAUAUCCUCACCUGGACUCCUCCCCGAUGUCGUUGGGAUCCAAAGAAUCCUCCCCGGCUGACGAUGCCCCUCAAUCUGCUCUUUGGGUUUGCGUGCACGUUCACCGUCGCCAAUCUCUACUACAGCCAUCCGAUCCUCGAUGUCCUCUCCAAUGCCUUCCACGUCAGUCAGGAACGUGUCUCCGUCAUCCCCACGGUCGCGCAGGCUGGCUACGCCGCGGGACUGCUCUUCCUGUGCCCCCUGGGCGAUCUGGUCAAGCGCAGACCGUUCGUCCUCUUCCUGGCAUGGUUCACAGCUACCGUCUGCCUGGGCCUGUGUUUGACCAAUAGCUUCGGCGCCUUCGUGGCGUUGACGUUUAUCUCGUCCGUGACGACGGUGACGCCGCAAAUCAUGCUCCCUCUUGUCGGGGAACUAGCACCGCCGAACCGUCGCGCGACCGCCAUCUCCAUCGUCGUCUCGGGCCUCCUGCUAGGCAUCCUCAUCGCGCGUCUGCUCUCCGGCAUCAUCGCGGCGUAUUCCUCCUGGCGCAACGUGUACUGGAUGUCGUUCGCGCUGCAAUACGUCAUCCUGAUCCUCCUGUGGCUCUUCAUGCCCGACUACCCACAGACCAACACCAACAUCAGCUACUUCCGCAUCCUGUGGACCAUCCCGGAGCUCGUCGUCAAGGAACCCCUGCUGGUGCAGUCCUGCCUGAUGGCCUUUUUCGUCGCUUCCACCUUCACCAGUUUCUGGACGACGUUGACCUUCCUCCUUUCCGGCGACCUUUACAACUACUCCACCAUCAUCAUCGGUCUCUUUGCGCUCGCGGGCAUCGUGCCCAUGACCGUCGGACCCGUCUUCGCGCGCUUCUUCAUCGACCGAUUCAACACGUACACCUCGGUGCUGGUGGGCGAGUUCACCAUCCUGGCCGCCAUCAUUGUCGGCACCUACACCGGCCGUUUCACUGUGGCGGGGCCCAUUAUCCAGGCCAUCUUCCUGGACUUUGGCCAGCAGAUCACCCAGAUCGCCAACCGGACCGCCAUCUAUGGCGUGGCGCCCAAGGCCAGCAAUCGCGUCAACACAGCGUACAUGGUCGCCGUGUUUUGCGGCCAGCUCAUGGGGACGGCAGCAGGAAACAACCUGUAUGCGCAGGGAGGAUGGGUGCGGUCAGGCAGCGCCAGCGUGGGAUUUGUGGGCGCGGCGAUCGUCCUGUGUCUCCUGCGUGGGCCACACGAAAAGGGCUGGAUUGGAUGGCAUGGCGGAUUUGAUAUCCGUGGACGCCGUCGACGUGGCAAUCAGCCGGAACAGCAGCCAGCGAAGGACCCUGCUUCAGCUUCAUCAGAAGGACAGGCCGCUGCGGCAGACGUGGACAUCGUGAAGGAAGCAGCAGCAACAGCAAACAUGUCAUCAGGGAUCCAAGCAGAGGACACUCGUAAUGAAGAAUUGAAGAACCAUAACGCUGACCAUGACCAGAAACUGGAAUAG